AUGGCCUCGGAUAAGAUUAAAGUAGCAGUUCGGGUUCGUCCCUUCAACAGACGGGAACUCGAAUUGGGUACACAAUGCGUCGUGGAGAUGGAUGGUCAACAGACCAUUCUCCAGUACCCACAGUCAACACACGACAAAGAUAGGCAAGCUCUGUGUACCAAUAAAAUAACCAUUCCGAGGAAACGAAUGUUUCGUAUAGAAGCUUCUCGUCUAUUUGUGGAUAAGGCGGCUGUGAGAAGGGGUGCCAAGGGAGGAUUCCGAGAUAAGUGA